UUCUUCAUCUUCCAGAAAUCUAUUAACUGUCGUCUGCUUAACAAAUUUAAAGACGAAUUUGGCUAUUAUUUUAUUUAUUUUCUCAAAAGACUACUAAAAAAGUUCAUGAAUCCUCUGCCGCGACACGAUCGAGUAGGGCGCAACCGUGAAAUCGAUCCAUCGAGCUCACUCAGCCGCCACUGUCAGUGUUUUCAGCGCGCGUGUUUUGUUCCUUCUGUGCUAUGCCCCAAUCCCUAAUCUAUCUAUCUAUCUAUCCAUCUUUUCUUCAUUCCCCUUCUUCUCUUCUGAAUUCGAAUUUCGAAAAUGUUGGGUGGUCUAUACGGAGACCUUCCUCCACCUUCUUCCGCCGAGGAAGACAACAAGCCCACCCCCAACGUCUGGUCCUCCAGCACCAAGAUGGCUCCCGCCACGCUCCGCAAGCCCGCCUCCCUCUUCGCGCCCCCCCAAACCCUCCUACGGGCCCACCCCAAGCCCAAGCCCACCGCCAAGCCCGUCCUCUCCUCCACCACCCCCGCCCUUCCCCCGGAAGACUCCCCCCUCCAGCCCGCCCUCGUUGGCGUCCAGUCCACCGUCCUCGAGGAGUACGACCCGGCCCGGCCCAACGACUACGAGGAAUACCGCCGCGACCUCAAGCGCAAAGCCCGCGAGGCCGAGAUGCUGCGCGAGCUCGAGCGCCGCCGCCAGGAGGAGGAAGAGGAAGAGAAGGAAAGGGAAAAGGAAAGAGAAAAAGAGAGAGAAAGAGACUACAACAACAACAACGAUUCUUCGUCGUCGAGGCUGAAUGUUUCCGGCGAAGAGGCGUGGAGGAGGCGCGCGGCGAUGAGCGGGGCGGCGGCGGGGGCGCCGCCGAGAUCGCCGUCGCCGCCGCUGCCGGGGAAUUCGGACGGGUUUAGCAUCGGGAAGUCGGAGACCGGGGGAUUGGGCGUCGGGGCGGGCGGGCAGAUGACAGCGGCACAGCGAAUGAUGGCGAAGAUGGGGUGGAAGGAGGGGCAGGGGCUGGGGAAGCAGGAACAGGGGAUCACCACGCCUUUGAUGGCGAAGAAAACAGAUAGACGAGCCGGGGUUAUUGUGAAUGCCAGUGACAAUAAUAGCAGCAGCAAGAAAGUGAAGAGUGUUAACUUCAAUGGUGUGCCUACCAGGGUGCUGCUGCUCAGGAACAUGGUGGGUCCUGGUGAGGUAGACGACGAGCUUGAAGAUGAGGUAGGAUCAGAAUGUGCCAAAUAUGGAAUUGUAACCCGCGUUCUGAUAUUUGAGAUAACAGAGCCAAAUUUCCCCGUUCAUGAAGCAGUAAGAAUCUUUGUGCAGUUUGAGAGAUCCGAAGAAACAACUAAAGCACUUGUUGACCUUGAUGGUCGGUACUUUGGGGGUAGAGUGGUGCGUGCCACAUUUUAUGAUGAGGAGAAAUUUAGCAAGAAUGAGUUAGCUCCAAUGCCAGGAGAAAUUCCUGGCUUCACCUGAAAGAACAGAGCGUCUGUUAUUUUUGUCUAUUGUUUUUGUAAGUUGUCCUUAGUGAAUGCCCUGAAGACUUGAGGUUGAAGUUUAAUACUUCAUUACAUGAUAGUUGAGCGUUGUCAUAAGCUUAAUCUUGGUCCAUGUGUUUUGUAAUAGUGACGAAGGGUGUUGUUGCUCAGGGAAUUAUUAUGAUCACCAGAACAUUGAACGCUCCUUACUAGUUACUAGCUAAUGUUGUCCCUGUACAUUGGAAGUUCCUUGAUAUUAUGAUCAGUUGGAGAUUAAGGUAGCAUUGAAUGAGCAUGUA